AUGCUUAUCGUUUACACCGCCCUUGCCUUCUGGGCAACCAUUGCCAUGGCUGAACCCCCUUUCGAAGGCUUCCACAGCACUGUCCUGCCACGUGGCCCCGUCGAAUGUACAAGCACCGACAUUGAAAAGAUGACGGUCGACUCAUGCGAGUGUCCCCCUCCAGCCGAAGGGUGUAAAGACCACCCUUGCGGUGCUUGCGGUCAUGAUGCUCCCAAGAACGUCAAGGUCUGCGACACGACCUGCAAGCAAAGCGAGGUCACAUGCGAAGGCUGUGGCCUCUUCUUCAACUCUCUCUGCCGAUGUCUCAAGAAUAAGCACGGCGACUGCACCACCAAUACACCUAUUCAAGUCGGCGGGGAUGAUAUCUGGGCGCUUCUUCCUGGUCACGAUAACCUCACCACCACCAACAGGCUGAUUUCGGGUAUUCUUGAUAUGAGCAACCAAGUAAACCGCGCAUUCGGUGACCAAGGAUGGUUCUUUGCUCAGAAGAACUAUGACGCAUCGAGGGAGGCGCUGGUGCUCAACUCGUGGAGGGCUCGAACGCACGAACAAGUUCACAUCCACCGCUGCGCCGUCAACGAGACGACUCGAGAUGUCUUGUCGCACGAAGAUACUGUUAAAGUGGGCCAGCUCACUCAGAUGAAGAAGGAUCCGGAUUUGUGGUGUAUCACGCGUGAAGGCGGAGUCAGUGCCACGACGUUCGCGACCAGCAUCUCUGAGUUCUUGGACGCGAGUCAUCCAGGGGUAUGUGCUAAGCUUGUUGGGGCGGGUAUUCUGAGGGAUAACAAUAUGCGUACUUGGGCUUGUGCGACGACCAACUCUGCUGGACCUUUGGGAAAGAUGGGAAUCUGUGUUGGUUGUAACCGAGCCUCCCGUCCUCCCCCAGAAAAAGACCAAUGA